AUGAGUGAUGCCCAAGAUCCUGCCACAAUCCUUGCGGUUGGCACCCAGGUGAUGCUGAGGGGCUGGAGCCGUCAAGGCGAGAGCAGUGAGUCUUUCCAUUGCCGCGGGCACCAGGAGCUCCAGGCCUUCCUCAGCCUUCUGGAGCACAGUUUCCUCCAGGAUUUCCUCUCCAAAGAUCCCUGUUUCCAGAUUUCAGAUAAGUAUCUCCUGGCCAUGGUGCUGGUCUACUUCCGGCGUGCCAACCUGCAGCUCAGCGAGUACACCCAUAGCAAUCUGUUCCUGGCACUGUACCUUGCCAAUGACAUGGAGGAGGACCUGGAGGACCCCAAAAGUGUGAUUUUUCUGUGGGCCCUGGGCCAAGAUUGGCAUCAUCGAGUGUCAGACUUCCUGCGUCAGAGGGACAAGCUGUGGGCACGGAUGGGCUUCAGGGCCGUCGUGAGACGCCAGAGCUGCGAGGAGGUCAUGGCCAAGGAGCCGACCCACUGGGCCUGGACACGGGAGCGGCACCCCCACCACGGCAGGGCUCAGAGGAGCUACCCAAAGGCCCAGAUCCCCCUCCCCCGGGGCCCCGGCCUCUCGCCACCCCACUGUCCCCUCUGUGAUUUGUCCCCUCGCCGAAGCCACUGCAGCCACCACCCCCGCCCCUUGCCUGCCGUAUCCAAGCGCCCUUCCCAGAACCCUGAGUGGCACCAGCCUCCCUCCCAAGCUUGCCUCUCAGUGGCUGAAGACUCCUGGAGUGGGGGCUUCCUUGUUGUCCUACCCACCCAGCUGCAACUGGAGCCAGGCACAUAUGCCCUCCACAUCUUCUCAAAGCUGCUGCCGUGCCCUCGGCGCUAACACUCGCAGGGUGAAGAACAGCCUGUCUGCCUGCCUGCUAAUGCAGUGCUCUACUGGCUGCGGCCCCUUCUGGCUUCUUGUCUCUUUGGCCUCAGGCUGGCAGGGCUGCCCUUGCCCCCUGCCGCUUCCUCCCAACCUGCAACUUGUACCCACUCUGACCUGACUCCCCUAAUAAAUUCAU